UCGCAUCAGAGUAGUUUUGCAACCGCAAGCGUUUUGCCUGCAUCGCGGGAUUUGUAUUCGCACCGGUUUUUUUUUCGGAUUAUUUAUCUCAAACGAUCGACCGGCGGAACAAGAUUACGACGGAAGAGUGUUGAAGAUUGACCCUAGAGUUGUUUAAGUUUGUCGUUGGGUUGACUUGUUAUGCGUUCAUCUGAGCGGCGCUCAAAAAUUUUGCAAAUCUGGAUGAAUACAGCGAAACAAUGAUAACCGCCUCAGAACCUCUGGAAUUUAUUCCUCGGGGUCGUCAGGCGGUGAACGAACACCCGGGCCCUUUGGUGUUGAAGAAGCCCGUUUCGGUUCCGUCAGACUUCAUUCUGCUCCAGCGCAUGCAGGAUGUGAAUAUUUCGCUCGACGAAAGCCCGGUGGAAUUCUACAAGAUCCGUGAAACGUACAGCGAGCUGGAAGAUGACAUUGGGGGGCCUGCAUUUCUACGGGAAGCGGAAAUCAACACGGAGGAGGAGCUUUACGUCAAGGGUAAUACAGCCGUCUGGACGAGCGGGUUGAUCAGUGAGGAAGCGGCACCGCAUACGUGUCUAACGUGCGAGAAUCCCAUCAAAUUUGCCUUCUUCAGUCCGAGGUGUUUCCUUUCGUCGGAAGCGGACGAUAAAAGGCAGAAGUACAGGAAGAAGCGUUCCAAAACCGAUCACCAAUCAAAAUCAGCAGUAUGCCUUAUGGAUGGUACAUCCUUGAGAGUUUAUUGCGGAGGUGGCGAAAACUUCGUCACUAGCAUCGAAUGCCCGAUUUCGAACGUAUGGAUAUCUAAUCACGGUAUCCUGCUGGAGAAAGAACCUUCCAGUGCCGUGUUGGAAACACAUUCCAUUCCAAUGCCGAGGCUGUUCUCGCUCACCCAUCCGCUCGAUGAAAUGUGUCCCGUUCUCAUCAAAAUGAACAACUCAACUUCGUACUUAACCGAGGCGGAGUAUCGAGUUGUGUUUUCUUGCGAAGAGAACAAUUUAGUGCUCAUGUUUGACGAAAAAAUUGGGAAGCAUUUUGUCUGCUUUUUACGCAAGGCAACCGAUGAGGAAAAACACGACAUAGGAUGCGGAAGUGACAGCGUUUCGCUAUCAAAUACCGUAUUCAACAUUACGGGACAUUUCUCCCAUCAAGCUACGACGCCGCAACCAUCAGCAGCAACGCCUCAGUCGUUCUACAAGAGUUCACUUUUAGCACGCCACAGCACAUCAAAACUGGGUCAGCUAAGUUUCGGAGCCACCAACAGCAGUCCCUACGCCAAUAACUUGCAAUUUGGCCAGGUAGGCUCGUUCAAUCUGACCGCAGCUGGUACGGCCGGUAUUACCAAUCGAAGUCACAUACAGGGGCAUCCCGCGGCUGCUACGACACCGCUGUCAAGAUUACAAUCGACUUUGGGCACAUCCGUCUCACUGAUGGACGUUCGGAAAAUGGGUCAAGCUGAACCGUCGAAACCGAUCGUCCCCGAGCACUGUCUGGAGCAUGUUUGGACCGACAACAUUAGCCAGUGGAAGGAAUUCCCAGAAAUGGCGUCGAAAGGCUUCAUUCACGUUGAUUUGGUUGGUGAUACCUAUAUGUGUUUCUUGCUGCCUCGUUCCGAGAAAUUGAGCCUAGUGUGGAUUGAUGAUACAUCCAGCAAUCUUAUUCAAAUAUCACCAGCAACCGUUGCCGCUCAAAUUCCUGCAGUGGAUGCGGUUUGUAUGAAACGUCUGAAUAUGAUUGCAGUGUUAGCACCUUGCGGGACACUCAUGUUGUACUCCGGCCCAACCCAGGUCGGUAAAGUGCACGUGGCCGGUAUUCUAAGUAGUUUUGUUACAUCAAGUGCCCUGAGUACGUCCUUUGCGGCAUCUCAAGGAUUUCCACGGCGCAGCAGUUUGCUACCAACGGUUCCACCAGCUCAAGCCGAAACAAGAUUCGACGAGGAGCUGCAUAUGCUCUCUCCUGUUCAACCAUUGCACGCUGCUGCUACUUCGUCACGUUUGAGCAACUGCUCGAGCAUCCGAGAUGGAUCGGGAAAUCGAUUGACGCUGGUAUUUAACAAUGAUAAGAUGUUCCGUAUAUCACUACCGAUUAUGAGCGAGUCUCAGCUCGUAUCACGAUGCUUGCUAGCAUUGAGAGAAACCCUCCCGAAGCAUUUGGCUUUGGAACUUAUGAUCCGAUGGUAUGGUACUAAGAAUGCGCCUGGUUCAAAAGAUUUCGACGGGAACCGAGAAUGGGAAAUCUUUUCCGGAAUGGUAUUUCAACAGAUGGGUCGACCAUUUCCACCUCUUGAUAGUAGGCUAAAUAAGUCUAACUCCAAAUCAUCGCUUGACGAACCGAAAAAACGGCGUAAGAGCGAAAACUGCCUUGGUACUGAUAAUGAUUGGCAGUACUUGUUGAUGCAAAGUGGAAAAACGAACACCCCAGUCAAAGAAAUGGACACAGCUGCUCCAGUUGCAUACAGUUCAAACAAACCGUUGUUUGGAUAUAUUCCCAGUAUUUUAUACGCUUUACAUUUGGUGUACGAAGACCUCAAAUUGGAACCGAUGAUGCGGAACGAACUUAAACUGCUAUCAGAGUUCCUCUUCGAACUAUCAUCGGAUGUUAAGCUAGAAAAGUUUCAGCUGCAUUACUACUUAGACUUCCAGCACUUAGUUGAUCUACGCUCUUGUUGUUUCAUAAAGGAGGAAGACAGAACAAAGUUUAUCAAUCCAAAUGAUACAGAUUUUGAAAACAUCCCAAAAAUCUUUCCCUACAUCCACAUGCUUAUUGCGAAUCCCAACAAGCCUGAACUGAGCAACUAUCCUUGUAUCGAAAGAAUUAACAAUCGCAGUCGAGACAUUAUACUUAUCAUUGCGUAUUUGUAUCGAGUGAAAGGCCUGACGAAGUGGAUUACCAAACAGUUUGAAAAACUUUCGGUAGGUUUGAACCUCAACUUGACGGACGAUAUCGAUCAAAUGAUGGCCAACGUAAUCAUCAAAUUACUCUUGAAACGCGGAUACAAUCGGGUAAACAUAGAAAAGCUCCCUGUCAGCAUUCAUUAUCUGAUCGCACAGUACCUUGAAACGUAUCGCAACAAGCCAAUCAACAUCUAUGAGGCAGAUGUGUAUGAAUUGCUCCUCAGACCUGAACUCUAUGCUCAUGCAACUUUCGACGCCGAAAAUCAGACUACUCGGAGUAAAAAGCACACCAGUGGAUUGAAGGAAAAUUCACUCACGCUUCGUCGAAAGCCGCAACCGGAGGUUAUACCGAAGAAUGAAGUAAAACAAGAGGAAAACGGAAUGGAGAACAUCGACACCAAAUUGUUACGGUUACGUUUCCCCGAUGACCUGAGGAUCAACGACGUAAAAUCUUUCCUCAAUAGCUCACAGCCGGUCACCAUUGAUAUCGUACAAGCGCCCAACGUUUCAGACCAUGAGUUCAUCGAGGAACAAGAGAAACAGUUGUACGCGUUGUGCAUUCGUACGAUGGCCCUCCCGGUUGGUCGGGGAAUGUUCACAUUGAGGGCCAGUCGACCAACCGCCACCCAGACGCUUCCAAUUCCCAAGUUGUGUCUAACUGGUAAGGAAAUUCAUAGAGGUGCGACUAUAGAGAUACAACAGCUAGAGGUUCCUCCCAAUAUGAACCUUUGGCCCACAUUCCAUAACGGUGUCGCUGCGGGUCUACGAAUCUGCUCGGAUACACCGGACAUUGAUUCGACCUGGAUUACGUACAACAAGCCGAAAGGAGUGGCGGAUAUUCCGACAGAGCACGCCGGCUUUUUGAUGGCACUUGGUCUCAAUGGUCAUCUGAAGUCGCUUUCGUUCAUGAGCAUUUAUGAAUAUCUGGUGAAAUGUGAUGAAAUGAUCAGUCUAGGACUGUUGCUUGGCAUUUCGGCUGCCCAUAGAGGUACGAUGGACGUCAAAGCCACAAAGUUACUAAGCGUGCAUACCGAAGCUUUGUUGCCACCAACUGCAGUAGAAUUGGACAUUUCGCAAAACAUACAGGUUGCUUCAUUAAUGGGCAUCGGACUAGUGUAUCAGGGAACGGCCAAACGACACAUAGCCGAGGUGCUAUUACAAGAAAUAGGACGACCUCCUGGCCCGGAGAUGGAAAACUACGUAGAGCGAGAAUCGUAUGCCCUCACUGCUGGUCUAGCCUUGGGAUUGGUGACCUUGGAACAAGGCGAGAAAUCCACGGCGCUGCGCGAUUUGGACAUUCCAGACACCUUGCACUACUACAUGGUUGGAGGAAACCGACGUCCUCUGGUAGGAGCCCAGAAAGAAAAAUAUAAACUGCCUUCCUUCCAAAUCAAGGAAGGCGAUACCGUGAAUAUCGAUGUAACUGCCCCGGGGGCCACCCUUGCUCUCGGAUUGAUGUAUUUCCGCACAGGAAAUGAAGCUAUCGCCAAUUGGAUGAAACCUCCGGAUACCACCUAUCUACUGGAUUUCAUUCGACCGGAUUUGCUGUUGCUCCGAAUUGUCGCGAAAAAUCUUAUCAUGUGGCACGAGAUAGACGCAUCUACCGACUGGGUUUACAGCCAAAUUCCGCGUGCGUUAUCGGAAUUGAUCAGGAAUCGCCUACCUACCGAUCACCAGUCUCAGCCAACCGACCACGAAGCACAGUGUCAAGCUUAUUGUAAUAUUGUGUGCGGGGCAGCCAUUUGUAUUGGCCUUAAAUACGCUGGAACGGCUGAUGAACGCGCCUUCACGACAUUGCACUUUCUGUUGAAGUACAUUCUCGGCCUGAGUGGUCGUCCUUUCGGAGAUUUUGCAGGCAAGCAGACGCUUGAAAAUUGCACGAUCAUGAUUCUCCUCUCGCUAUCUCUGGUGCAGGCUGGAACUGGCGAUCUCAGAGUACUACGAGCAAUCCGAAUGCUACGAUCUAGAUUUGGUCAGUGUCAUGUCACCUAUGGAUCUCACAUGGCUGUACACAUGGCUUUGGGAUUCCUGUUUCUCGGCGCUGGACGCUACACUCUCUCACGCUCUCCUGAAGCAAUCGCCGCAUUGAUCUGUUCGAUCUUUCCGAAGUUCCCCAUCCACAGCAAUGACAACCGUUAUCACCUGCAAGCUUUUCGUCAUCUGUAUGUACUAGCGAUAGAACCGCGGCUGUUUCUCCCACGGGACAUUGAUACCGGAAAGCUGUGCUUGUGCGAAAUGUACUACUUAGAGAAGGGCAAGACCGAACCGGUCAAGGUGCUGGCGCCUUGUAUGCUUCCCGAGCUUCACACUCUCAGCAAAGUGUAUGUUAAAGAUUCCAACUAUUGGCACGUGUACUUCGACCAGGAGAAUUGGCGUGAUUUGGAGAACAUUCUAAAGGCAGGUGGCUGCAUAGAUUUGAAACAGCGGGCCGGCUGCCUGUCUUACCUGGAGGAUCCCAAUCGUCUCAAAUCGAUGCUCACUCAAACUCUGACUACCAGCAAAUAUAACUCGUGGAAAAUCGACGAAAACGGUCUGCUCGCCUUUUCGACGGAUCAAAGAAUCUCGAACAUAGCCACCAAGUUCCUGCUCACGGCGGAUCACAACGGAAUCGACGAAAUUGAAGCAAUACCCGCCUCUGAACGGAAUAUCAUCCAAAUGUUGAUGCUGCAAACCUACGACUGCCUCACGCACGAUAAAAUGCAUGGAUUGACGAUAUUCAUGGAUUUGAUGAAUUCUAUUGUCAAUUUCGACUCAUCAUGCAAUGCUUCCGAGCUUUGGCAGUUCCGUAUCAUUGCAGCUAUCAUAUCCAAACGUAAAUCGAUUGCCGAAUCGGAUAUGUUAGUUUCACAAGAUAUGCUACAAUCGAUGGUCGACCGGGUCAAGUUGCGAAUGGAGGACAUAUUGAAAGACAGUGGCCACUUGAUUCGCUCUUAUGUGGUCGGUGUAACUGCGGAACGGUCCCUGGUCGAUCUGUUGUCUGAACUGUGCAACGAAGGACGAAUGCGAAUAGCUCGACUGUUAACUUUCUACGAUUUACCCAUUAGGAUUCUCAGCAGUGAUGUGCUAGAUCGAAUCAGUCAGACUGAUUACCUACAGUUUGUAUGUGGUAUGCAGGAACAGUAUCCAGAACUUUCCACCUCUACUGUCUGCCAUAUGGCAGAAGCUUUGGGGCUGAAAUCGGUUCUAGAGAAAAUCUAAGCAGUAAGUAGGUAUAAUUUCUUUAUUUGUAACGAUAAAGCUUAUAAGAUUGAUUUAUCCUGAA